GGCCAAUUGGCGUUGUCCGUCUCCGCAAUUCUGCCACCGCAGCGCAUGAUCGGUGCCAACAGCCUGCGGCUCCUGGCCUUCGGUAACCCGAUGGUGGAUAUGAUUCGCCAGGUCCCCCUACAGUAUAUAUCGAGCCUUGGAGUUGUCGAAGGCCAAGAGACUCACUUGCUCCUUACGGUUGACGAACGAUCAUUGAUCAUGGAGAGAGCACUUCAAGAUCCAACUACGGAACGUGUGCCUGGUGGUUCGGCUCUCAACACUGCUCGAGUCGUCCAGGCGUUCAUGCCACCGAAGACAUCGCUGUUUAUCGGGGCCAUUGGCGAUGAUUUCAACGGCGACUUUCUCCGCUCGCGGUGCACGGACGCCGGCGUCGAUAUGACUCACGUCCAGACACGCGCUGGUCUGCCCACAUCCACUUGCCUCGCGCUCGUAUCACCAAGCAAAGAGCGCACGCUCAUUACGCAGCGCUCCGCGCAUUUGUGUUACACACUGGACGCGGCGUCACUCGAUACUUGCUUGGCUGCAACGCACGUUCUGUACGUUGUUGCCUUUGCGCUGUCGUCGGCACCGCGCUACGAAUGCGUGCGCUAUCUUAUCGAGCACCACGACCCAAGUCGCCAUGUCAUUUGUCUCAACAUUUCGUCAUCGGGUCUCAUGCAGAACCCCGAUGUCGUCGCACGACUCCGCAACAUUUUGUGCCACGUCCAAGUGCUUAUUGGAAAUGCUCAAGAGGUGCUGGCACUUGGUGCUGCCCUUCGACUGGACACCCCGUCCGUGGACCAUGUGGCAUCCGAGCUGCUUGUCAACAUUCUGCGCACGCCACGCCCUCUCGUGCUCGUCACCAACUCGGCUGCACCGACAAAAGUAUAUCGACGUGAUCAGUUACCUGUAGUGGUCCCCGUCCAGAUUCCACACGGUUUUCACCUCCACGACACGACGGGUGCUGGUGAUGCUUUCUUGGGUGGAUUUUUCGCCGGCUUGUUGCAGCGUGGUGGUCUCCGUGCCUGCGUGGAGCUCGGGCAUCAAUGUGCCGUACAAUGUGUACAACAUACAGGCUGCCAAUUGCACUGGAGUAUCAACGAUGCCACUAGUGCCUGGCACAUCUGCAAGAAAUCGGAUACCUCGCUUGUGCUCUACAAGGACUUGCUCGCUGUGCAACUUUAGAUCGCGGCUCAAUCGUAAGCUAUGAACGAGGGGUGUCGUAUUGC